AUGAACCGUGGGAGUCCUCGUGGUAACGUCACAGCGCUGGGAAAGAAGAGCGCAGGGAGUCAAGGCGGUAGCAGAGGGAAAAGCUCUGUCGGUGGCGCCGGUGGUGGUGGGAGGGGCCGGACGGGUCUUGGAGGGUCGGUUUGCGGGGGAGGUAGCGAAGACAGCACGGGCGAGAGAGAACUUUUUGAUCCGCCGGAUGUGCUUGCAACAAAAGUGAAGGAGCUCGCGCGGCUGCUCAAGACUAGUAGAUACGCCAUGGUGUACACCGGCGCAGGUAUUUCCACAUCGGCGGGCAUUCCGGACUAUCGCGGACCGAACGGCGUGUGGACGCUGCGCUCUAAGGGCAUUCAAGUCAAAGAGCCGAACUUUCUGCAGGUGUCUCCGACGCUGAGCCACUUUGCGAUUACGGCGAUGGUGCAGGCGGGCGUUGUGCGACACGUGGUGUCGCAGAACAUCGACGGGCUGCACCGGCGAUCAGGGCUGCGGUCGCACGAGAUCAGCGAGCUGCACGGCAACUUUUGUCGCGAGGUGUGCGCGCGCUGCGGCGCGGAGUUUUUCCGCGGUUAUUCGGUGUGGAAGGGGCUCACGUCGGCGCGCGGCGAGGACGAGGAGGAAGAAGAGGAGGAGGAGGAACAAGUGUCAGAGGAAGAAGAGGACGAGGAUGCGGAAGAAGAGGAGGAAGAGGAGGAGGAGGAGGAGGAGGAGGAUGAGGAGGAGGAGGAGUUGCAGUUCGAUCAUCGGACGGGGAGGAUGUGUGAAGUGGAAGGGUGUGGAGGGGAGCUUGAGGACUGCGUCGUGCUGUUCGGAGAGUGCCUUCCCAACGAGCCCCUGAAGUCCGCGAAGCGCCACAGUGACCGCGCGGACGUGGCGCUGGUGAUGGGGUCGAGUCUGCGCGUGGGCCCCGCGUGCAACUUCCCCGCCAGCGUGCCGCGCCACGGCGGAAGGCUCGUCAUCAUCAACCUGCAGCCCACGCCCAUGGACGCGCGCGCGGAGCUGGUGAUUCGAGGUCAAUGCGACAAGGUGAUGAACAUGCUGCUGCUGGAGCUGCGUCUCACGCCGCUCCUGCACUCCCUGCGCCGCACACACGCCCCACCCCCAUCUCAUCCGCAACCCCUAAGCCCCUCCAAGUCGCACCUCAAGCCCGAGCCAAAACCGUCACCAGCUGCGGCAUCAGCUGCAGCGACAGCAGCGGCGGUCUCUUCUCCGUCUCACCCUCUUUCUCCCACCGUGCGAUCCGCGGGCAAUGGCAAAGGAACGGGGGGAUUAGGAGAGGUGGGGAAGGAUGGGAAGAAACGGACGAAGGAGGCGAGUGGGGGCGACGGGAAGGGCAAAGCGGGGAAGAGCAAGGGUGUCAAGGAGAUAAGUCUUAGCUUGGAGUGGCCGAGUGUGGGGCCUGCUAGCGGUUCAGUGCCCAGGCGUGGGAGAGAGACAGACGGCCGUGCUGGUAGUGGUGCUAAAGUUGCUGCUGCCGGUGGUAGUGCUGGCGUUAGAGAGGCUCACAAGGACGCGUGUUGCAAGGAUGAGCGGAGUAUUGAUGAAGCUUGUAAGGAGGACAAGGGCGUUGGCGGCGUGGGCGCAUCCGCUCUCCCGGCCGCGGGUCUGACCAGGACUGCUCUCUCCAGUCGCAGCACGCAAUGCCGGCCCGUGGCGGUCGCGAGGCGGUCGUUCACCGGCGUGCGAUGCGCCGCUGCCACUGAGACGAGCAUCAUCAGCAGCAGCAGCAGCAGCAGCACCGCCAAGAGGCCAAUUUGGCUCCCUGGCAGCACGGCUCCGGCUUACCUCGACGGCUCGCUUCCCGGCGACAACGGGUUCGACCCGCUGGGACUGGCGGAGGACGCGGAGGCUCUGCGGUGGUACGUGCAGGCGGAGCUGGUGCACUGCCGCUGGGCCAUGCUGGGCGUCGCCGGCGUGCUCGGCACUGAUCUGCUGACGACUCUGGGUCUCGCGGACCUCCCCGUGUGGUACGAGGCUGGCACGGCGCACUACGACAUCGCCAACGCGCCCACUCUCUUCGCCGUGCAGUUCAUCCUCUUCAACUUUGUGGAGCUGAAGCGGUGGGCAGAUUUCAAGGCGCCGGGGUCGCAGGGGCAGGAUGAGGCGUGGUUCCUGGGCAUUCAGCCCGCCUUCCUGGGCACGGACAACGGCUAUCCUGGAGGUCCGCUCUUCAACCCCUUUGGACUGGCAGCUGAUUCAGUGACAGGGCACAAGGCACGCGAGCAGGAGCUGGCAAAUGGGCGUUUGGCGAUGGUGGCUUCUGUUGGUUUUGCAGUUCAGGCAGGCUUUACCCAUGCAGGUCCCAUCGCCAAUCUUCUGCAGCACCUGAGCGAUCCAUGGAACACCACAAUCAUCCAAUCCUUCUUCGGAUAG